AUGAAUCUUCGUCUUGUGGCUGCUAUUGCCGCCUAUAUACUUCCCGUUUUCUCGCUGACCAUAUGUGCGUCAGAAAAUGACUGUUACCCGGAGAUCUUCGAGGCUACAAACGAAUGGCAAGCUGUUAGAGAAGGACAGCAUAUUCCAGCUGGAUUGCAUGUUCGGAUGAAUAUGGAGUCCAAUGAGAGGGAAGCUAAGUUGGUGGACCCUAAUGAAGGCGAAGGCGCUGAGUUGGUGGCGGUAGACAAUGGAGAAGAGGAGCAGGAGGCUCUUCAGCUGCAGAUCAGAGAGGCUCUCCAGAGAUAUAAAGAACAGCAUAAGGAGUAUAAGAGGAGUAAGGUGGACGAAGGCGAAUUGAGUGAUUUUGGGUCUGCUGUUGAAGAGGUGCUUGCAUUUGAUGCUGAUUUGGGUAGAGUGGAAAGAGCUCUAGAGACAUUGGUGGAGUUAUCCCACGAUAGAGAGUUUGGUGUUCGUCUUACACAGAAACCGGAGAUUUUUGAAAAGAUCCAUACGAUUGCGCUUGAGGUUGAUGAGCCGAAGAUUAAGGAAAUGUGUUACAGUGUGCUUGGAGCGUCGUUGAGGAAUAAUCCAGAAGCUGUGACCAAUGUGUUGCAGAACCAGCCUUCGCUUUUUGUGGAUACCCUUUUUGGCGUGCUUCGAGAGGAGGCCUCGACCGAUAAGCUUCAGAAACGUGUUUUGGGAGUUUUGCAGGGUCUUACUUCGAAUGCCAAGUUUGCCCAGCAGAGAGUUGGUGAUUUGGUUAAUGUGUUCCCAUCUUUGGGCAAACUGGCUAAAGAUAGAGUUGCUGUGAUCCUUGAGGACCUUCAAUUGACCGAAGGAACCGGCAAGGCCGAUGAAACGGUGUCAAACUACAUUCAGAAGCUCUUGUACGAUACGAAAGCCUUGUCUGAGUCUCAGCUUAAACAGUACUUCCGUACGCUUACGAGUCUUCAUGAAAAAGGUGUGCUCAAGCCCUCCAAGGAGUUCUUGAGCUGGCUUGCAGAAGAAGUGGAAACUAGAAAAGCUGCUGCUGGCGAAGCAGCUGAUUCAGCAUUUAACAAGUUCAUGCUUGAGGCUCGUCAUACCAUCUUUGGCAACCCCAACGCCGCUCGCAAGGCUGACGAGUUGUAA